GCCAGAAGAAAAAGAAAGGCGGUGGCGGUGGCUGCGUUAGUAACAAUAACAUGGGGCUGGGCGCUGCGCUGUGGGGGAUAUGCGUUCAGUGAUUUAUCCUCUGAUGUGAAAUUUGUGCCAUCAUCAUGACCAAGUGGAAGCCAGUUCGAGAAAAGGACAGAUAUGGAAUUGCUAUUCACAAUUUUAACCAACAGUUGCCAUACAGAAUAUCUCUCACCGUGGGUGAAUCUGUUCACUUACUGGAACAGAAUGGAGAUUGGUACUUCGGAUGUUCUACCAAAAACCGAGCAAUUCGUGGGAUUUUCCCCAAAGCUUACAUUCAUGUGGCCGAAUCUAUCACAGAUAAAUCGGGAAUGUCUGAAUUCCCUAUUCUCAAACAACCCCAAGUUGUACAAGAGAUGACAUCUGUGUUAAAAGAAUGGGGUACAAUAUGGAAGUGGCUAUAUGUGACACACUCCGAUCAGUUCAAAUCAAUGGAGCGGCGCAUUUUAGAUUUAAUUCGUUGCCGUUCCAAGAUUUUAUCUGGCACGCUCCCAGUGGAUGAACUGCGUCAGAUGAAGAAACAAGUCACAUCAAUGAUUGAUGUUGGAAACAAAAUUCUGAAUCUUGAUAUGGUGGUAAGAGACGACCAAGGGAACAUUCUUAAUCCUGAAGUUACAUCUACUCUAGAGCUUUUCCAUCAUCAUGAAUUGGCAACUGACCGUAUCCGCAAAGCCACAUGUGGAUCUUUAAAGAAGACAUCUAAGGUGGUUUCUCAUUAUUCAUACACCUUGUUUGUGUCUCUGAGAAACUUUGUGUGUAAGAUCUCUGAAGAUACUGAACUUUUAAUGGCACUUUAUGAUGCUAAGGAGGGUCGAGUCUUCACUGAGAAUUAUGUUGUGCGCUGGAACAAAGAUAGUUUUACCAAAGAUCCUGAUCAGUUACAUAAUCUUCGGGUUCUCUUUACUGAUCUUGGCAGCAGAGACCUUCAACGAGAAAAGGUGUACUUAGUUGUUAAUGUGGUUCGAUUAGGUGCUAUGGAUUCUCGUGAAACUGAGCAGAAAAAUAGAAAGUCCAUCGCAAGUAGUGUUGUUGGUGAUGCAAUUGUGUUAAGGCGUCCAUACGGAGUAGCAGCUAUAGAUAUUACUCUUUUUCUAUCUGGACGAAUUGAAACUGAUGAAGAGACUCAUCACUUCAUCCCAUUACUCCAAUGUGGAGAUAGAGACGACUUGGAAGGUACUUUGAAACGUAUUCUCACUUUGAAGGAGUUGACCCAACGGGAACACAAAGGCCAUGGCCUAUCUGCUAGUCUAAAGUUAUUAAGAGGUGACUUAAAGCAAGCUCGCGAAGAAAAUCCUCAUUUAGUCUUGGGUAGUGUAGCAAUUGCAAGGAAGAUGGGUUUUCCUGAAGUAAUUCUUCCAGGUGAUGUGCGAAAUGAUCUAUAUCUCACACUCCAGAGUGGGGAGUUUUCCAAAGGCAGUAAAUCUACUGACAAGAAUGUUGAAGUGACUGUUUGUGUGUGUAAAGAAAAUGGACAAGUGUUAGAGGAAGUGAUUUUGAUGGGAGGUGGUCUUCCUUUGCAAACUGAAUAUCAUUCUGUUAUAUAUUAUCAUGAAGAUAAACCAAGGUGGAAUGAAACGUUUAAGGUAGCAAUCCCCAUAGAUGACUUCAAGAGUAGCCAUUUAUUAUUUACGUUCAAGCACAGAUCAUCAAAUGAGGCUAAGGACCGAGCAGAAAAGCCCUUUGCACUAUCUUAUGUCCCGCUCAUGCAGAAAAACGGAACCACACUUCAUGACACUCAACAUGAGCUGCUCGUUUAUAAAAUUGAUCACAAAAAGUAUGAUGACUCAAAUUUAGCACAUUUGAAGUUACCAGCAACUCGGUCAGAAUUGGCUGAUGGGGUCAAGCCAUCUCUUUCUGGCCUCUCAUUGUCCAGCAAGGACUGUUUCAUUAUAAACACUAAUGUCUGUUCAACAAAACUCACUCAAAAUGUUGAUUUAUUAGGCCUUUUGAAAUGGAGCUCUAAACCUGAGGCGCUCAAGGAUUCGCUUUUAGCUCUCAUGAAAGUUGAGGGUGAGGAGGUGGUGAAAUUUUUGCAAGAUGUUUUAGAUGCACUGUUUGAUAUUCUAAUGCAAAACUCAGAUUCAGAUUUGUAUGACAACAUGGUUUUUGAAUGCUUGCUUUAUAUCAUUGGUUUGGUGUCUGACCGAAAAUAUCAACAUUUUCAACCUGUUUUGGACCUCUAUAUCCAAGAAAGUUUUUGUGCCACUCUAGCAUACAAUAAACUUUUGGUUGUGCUGCGCUAUCAUGUGGAAAAUGCAAAUUCUUCUGACCCAAGAGAUAAGGAUCUGUUAUUGAAAACCAUGAAGUCAUCAUUACAAUAUUGCAUUCGAUUUGUAGUGCGAUCUCGCUUGCUCUUCUCUCAAAUGAAUGAAAUGAAAGGUCAACAACAGUUUGAAGUAUCCCUUCAACAGUUCCUUCGGUCUCUUUCUGCUAUGAUGAGCCAUAAUACGGAUCAUACAUUAUUGGCUCAGGGAGCUUGUCUUAAGUACCUGCCGUUAUGUAUUCCUGAUAUACUUAGUGUUUUCAAUGCAAAACAGCUAAGUUCUCAUCUAUUAGAAUUAAUUGCUUCAGUACCUCCAGGGAGACUUACCAAACAAAAGAUGAUGACUAUCGAUGACAUUGUCCAUAGUCAGCUCUUCAAAAUGCCAGAAUGCAGGAGCAUCUUACUUCCAGGCUUCACCAUCAGAAUAAAAGAACUUCUGGAAUCCCGAGAAGAGGGUCGCCUGGGCUUUGAUUAUCGGCAAAAAUCCAAAUCUGUAGCCAAGAUUGCCAAGGUGUUGGGUGCCAGCAAGUAUAAGCUACAUGAACAUCAUGGGUAUGCUGAGGAGGUUGAGCUGUGUGUGAAGAUAUUAAGCGAUAUAAUGGACUUGCUCUUCUCUGCUGAUGUUGGGCCAACAAUACACGAUGUAACAGAAGUGAUGUUAACAACUCUUCGUACUGUUAUCCAAACAACUAUAGCAAUGGAUAGAGAAAGCCCACUUGUGGGAAAUUUGGUGGCAGUGAUGUUGGCGAUUUUCAGGCAAAUGACUGCACAUCAUUUUGAGCUUUAUAUUUCACAUUUUCCAACCAAUACUGACUUGCUUGAUUUCCUAAUGGAAAUCUUGUUGGUUUUCAAAGAUUUGGUGUCCCGCCCUGUCUUUCCUCAGGAUUGGUCUGAAAUGAUAAUGCUCCAAAACAGUGUUAUAUUGAAAGCCUUGCGCUUUUUCUCCCAUACCAUACGUGACCAUUUUUUCCAACCAUUUGAACAUCAAGCAUGGAACAACUUUUUCCAUUGUGCUAUUGCUUUCUUAACUCAACCAGCUCUUCAACUAGACAAUUUCAGCUGCAAUAAAAGAGCUCGAAUUGUAUCUCGUUAUAGAGACAUGAGAAGAGAGACUGGAUUUGAAAUUCGUAGCAUGUGGUUUAAUUUGGGUCAAGCUAAAAUUCAAUUUGUUCCUGGCUUGGUUGGUCCCUUCCUAGAGAUGACUCUCAUACCAGAAACUGAACUCCGCAAAGCUACCAUACCAAUUUUCUUUGAUAUGAUGCAAUGUGAGUUUUAUUCAUCUCGCCAUCCAGGGGAAGGGUUCUCAGACACUAAAAGAGACUCAAGCCAUAUUAAAGCACAUUUCUCUGAGUUUGAAAAUGAAAUGAUUGCAAAGCUAGACACUUUAGUGGAAGGUGGUCGUGGUGAUGAGCACUAUAAAGAACUAUUUCACAGCAGUAUGAUGCACUUGUGCCAAAGCCAUUCCACUAUGCGCGAUCAAGGAAUGCGCUUUGUGACAACUGUGACACGACUCAUGGAGCGUCUGUUGGAAUAUCGCUGUGUAAUCAAUGAUGAGAAUAAAGAAAACAGAAUGAGCUGCACUGUCAAUCUGCUUGACUUCUACAGUGAAAUCAACAGAAAGGAAAUGUAUAUAAGAUAUGUUAACAAACUGUGUGACUUACACCUAGAUUGUGAUAACUUUACGGAAGCUGCUCAUACAUUACGGUUGCACAGUCAACUUUUGCAGUGGUCAGAUGCCUCCUUGCCCCCUCUUCUGAGAUCUCCACGACAUGCAUACUGUCACACACAUCGUCAACUUAAGGAGGCUCUCUAUUAUGACAUCAUCAAGUUUUUUGACAAAGGAAAGAUGUGGGAGAUGGCAUUAGUUGUUUGCAAAGAACUUGAAAGACAAUAUGAAGAAGAAGUGAUGGAUUAUACUCAAUUAAGUGAAUUGCUGAGACGAAGGGCUCGUUUCUAUGACUGCAUUAUGAAACAAGUGCGCCCAGAGCCAGAGUAUUUCAGGGUGGCUUAUUAUGGGAAAGGAUUUCCUGCUUUUCUUCAGAACAAGGUGUUUGUUUACCGUGGUAAAGAGUAUGAACGUUUAACUGACUUCUGCAACCGCACAUUGAAUCAGCUUCCAAAUGCAGAGCUUAUGAAUAAGUUGACACCACCAGGUGAAGACAUCACAGAAUCUAUGCAACAAUUUGUUCAAAUAAACAAAGUCGAGCCAGUAAUGGGUGAAAGACAGCAAAGGCUUACUGGAAGACCCAUCAAUGAUCAAAUUCUUCGUUAUCAUCGUGUUAACAACGUCCAGAAGUUCAGGUUCUCUCGCCCAUUUCAAAGAAGAGAUCCCUUGCUACCCAGUGAAGACUCUGACAUGAACGAAUUCGCAAGUCUUUGGCUUGAACGAACAGUUCUUGUUACCUCAUACCCCUUGCCUGGUAUCUUACGCUGGUUUCCUGUGACUUCAUCUGAAACAUAUGAAAUAAGUCCUCUACGGAAUGCCAUUGAAACAAUGGAGGCAGCAAAUAAGAGUUUGCAAGAACUAGUCAUUGCACAUCACAAUGAACCAAACUUGCCAGUGAAUCCUCUAAGUAUGAAAUUAAGUGGCAUACUAGAUGCUGCUGUAAUGGGUGGCAUUACAAACUACGAAAAGGCGUUUUUCACUGUGGAAUAUGCAGCUGCGCAUCCAGAGGAGGCUAAGCAGUUAGCAAAUUUGAAAGAUCUUAUUGCAAGCCAAGUGCCUUUGCUGGAAGUUGGUGUUCAGUUACAUAAGCAAAGAGCACCAAUCAGCCUUGGACCUUUCCAACAGCGUCUUGAGCAAUGUUUCCGAGAGAUGCAAAGCCAAGUUGAAGCCAAGCAUGGAAAGAAGACCUGCGACUUGAAACUUGACAGCCCCCAAUGGUCUUCAGUGAGGCCAUCAAGUAGCACUAGCUCAGGAUUUGGAGAAGACUCCUUCUCCAACCGUGUGUCAGAGGGAAGCCUCACCACUCCAGAACCGCAAAACAUUAACAAUCGCAUGCGAGGAAGUUUAACUCGCUCACAAGUUGCUACUCUGAAAAGUCUUGCAUUCAACUUUUCUGGUAAUUUAGGAUCUUCCGGGACACUAGGAAGGCACUAUUCCCACAGUUCUUCUAAUAAUCGAAGUACUUCUAGUCUGAGUGGAUCUCCUAGUUCAAACAGUGUCAAAUUUGGGCGAUCAGCAUCUAUUUCUACUGAUAUGACUGACACCCCUGUUUAUGCUGAGAAAGAAAAUGAGCGCGAUAAAGAGAAGGAUAAAGAGUCACGGAAGUCUGAAGGGAAACGUAGUCGUCUGUCUCGUAAGGCAGUGAGUCUGCGUCAUGCUAGUCGCAAAUCUGCUAAGGAUGCACGGCGAGAUUCGAACACAAGCAUAGGUGGCUCUGGAAAUAUAUUAAACAAUGGGAAUAGUCAGUGGUACACUACAGAAACAACUUCUCCAGCACACUUUUCUCCAAGUUUGUCAACAUCAACCAUCCACUCUGUUGGACCUGUGUUUGAACUUCGUCAAGAGCUUACUCCACAAAGGCCUCUGAGAUCUGAGGUGGAGAGAGAAAAGCGACUCAGCCUAAGCCGUCCUUCAAGUGGCCAGUUUACCCCAAGUGUGACUCCUUCUAUCGGGGGCCAGUCGGGAAGUCAUUCAGGAACUAGCAGUAAUCGAGAUUCCGUCGGAACAACCAGUGAAGAUGACGGUGCGCCCCCUCCACUUCCGUUGAAGGUUCGAGACGCUUCCCUUGACACGUCCCUAGAUAGAAGUAUAGACGUGGACGCUGAGGCAGACUAUUGCAAUUUGUUUGGUACACCGGACCAUGUCAAGAGUGUACCCUCAACUCCUAGUCUCAGGGCGAAGGCCCUGCCUCCGACUCCCCAAGAAGAGACGCCCCCGGCAGUUCCCUCCUUCAGCGCAAGUCCUGUCGGUCCUGUCGCUGAGGGAAGUGGCAGUGCUGCCGCGGCCCCGCCGGCCCCGCCCGCGCCCCAUCCCCCAGUCUCCGAGCCGCCGGACCCUGACGACGCGGCCCCAUGACAAGACGCGGCCAAACCCUCACAAGGUUUGGCCAACAACAGCUUCUUGCAUCAGUACAUUUCCAAAAACAGUCCCACAGUCCAGCCCUGAGGCAGCUUCAAAGUAGGCACGGUUAGGGCUGAAGCAGCGGGCUGCCACAGUGCAGGCUCCCGCGACUCCCAGUGAACAAUGGAGAUUUUAGUCUGGUCAAAAUGUCGUCAAUGUUUUAUGUGACAGUGAUUUGUGAGUAUUAAUUAAUAAUGAUAUUAGAUAGAAUUAAAACUAGUAUACAUAUCAUGAAAUUUAGUGGGAACUAGUAAUCAGGCAAUGAUGAAUUGAAUGAGAUUUCUCUAGUUUAAUUAUUGUUCUAUCAUCAUUUUAAAUGAAUACCAUUGUAUUUUAUUGUAGACUUGUUUUACUUUGCACAGCAAAAAUAGGAAAAGGAGGGGAAUCUUCCUUUAAUUCAUUGAGUAUCAGGCUGUGAUGGAGCUAAGCACCUGUAUUCAGCUGCUUUGAAGUAGAGAUCCAAUUUCUCUAUUGUAAACAAAGUUAAUUUCUUUACCCCAAAUUUGCUGGAAAAGAUUAACUGUAAGACUCUGAAAUAACAUGUUACUUUGUGCCUUUGCAUCAUGAUAAUGAUGAAAAAAAAAAACAAGAUUCUCAUCCCUCCUCACUGGCUAUUUGUUACCCAGCUUUUGACUACCGCAAAGCUUUGAAUUUUUAUUACUUUUGGGCACAAUUUUAUAGGCUGAUUUAUGUGAUUUCAAUUAUUGAAAUGAACUUUGUAUGUGAUGAUAUUCUACGUACUGCUCUUUAUAACUUGAUC